AUGGACCAAGGCAACGUAGAUGCGCCGCCCGCCCAGGCGAGCCCGACUCUCCCACCCGCCGCCAUGGACGCCAUCACCGGCCCGCGCGCCCCAGACGCGCCGCGACGCUGCUUCAUCUGCCUGACCGACGAGGAUCCCUCGGAUCCGCCCAGCAGCUGGGUCGACCCCUGCCCGUGCACGCUCGAGGCGCACCAAGACUGCAUGCUAUCGUGGGUCACGGAUUGUGAGCGCUCUAAUCGCCCACUUAAAUGCCCUGUGUGCAAGUCGACGAUCGAGAUGGAAGGGCCCUGGGACCCUAUCGUCAAGCUGUCUGAUGUGGUCGCCAAGCGCUUCACCAAGACGAGCCCCCUUAUGCUCUUUACGGCCUUGUCUAUGGGCGCCCAGUUUAGCUUGCAAAUGUACGGUGCUAUGGCCCUAUGGACGUUUUCUGGCAAGGACGCCAUGAUGCGCUUCGUUAUGGGCCCGGAGAUGAUGAUUGACGGCCGGCGCACGGCGUUGGGCACGGCGCCGCUGGCUUUUGCCCGCGAACGCAUCACUAACGCACUCGUUUUGAUGAAUGUUGCCCCGGCCCUACUUGUGGGACACAUCUUUCCUGGCUGGAGUAACAAGAUUUUCCUACCUACAGCGUCUUUUUAUGGUAUUUACCACGUCAUGCACGAUGAGCAGUUCUUUACCUGGCCGCCGUCGCCGCAGCUCGCCAUGGCAGUUUUCCCCUACAUCCGCUCCGUCUACUAUAACCUCUAUAAGGAGCUUGUUUUGCCCUACGAGACCAGGUUAAACCGUCAGCUACUCGGACUGCCGCCCGUGCAGCCCCGGCCAGAGCCCGCCAACGACGGCAAUGGCAACCAGAACCAAGGCGCUGGUAGAAAUGGAGCGCGCAAUGCGGCCCAGGCUCAGGGUGGCAUCGUCGGCAUCCUGCAGACGCUGAUUGACGCGCUCGAGCAGGAAGACGGAGACGACCAUGCGCAAAUCGAGGAGUUUCAGAUCGACCUGCGCGCGGAGGAGCGAGAAGGCGAGGGCGAGGGCGAAGACGGUGUUAUGCUUGAAGUCAUUGUGGAAGAGGUGGAGAUGGACGAGGCUGCGCUUGACGCUCUUGACGCGGGAGAUGCUCCAGAUGCAGAAGCAGCUGCCGAAGCUCCCGCUGUUGAGGCUGGCGAUGGUGAGGCUGAUGGAGCCGGGGAAGUCGCUGUCGUCGCUGAAGCUGGUGACAUUCCGGCCGAUAACAUGCCUGCCCUGGUGGAUGAGAAUCGUGCCGUGGCUGAUGAUGCAGCCCCGGCUCCGGUUGUGCCUCCAGCCGCACCCGCCAACCACGAAGCGCCCCCCGCGCCGGCUCGACGCAUGGGUCUCGGCGCCAUCCUCUCCGGCGUGUCCAACGCCAUCGUGACCGCCCUCAUCCUGCCCGGCGUCUCAUUUGCCGCCGGCGAGGCCCUUCGUCUCGUCCUGCCCAAGGAAUGGACCGCCGCGCCGCUCCGCAACCCAUGGACACGCUUCAACUCUGGCGGCGGCGCUGGUGGCCGUCCUGGUCUCUUCCAGCAGCAAUGGGGCCGCAGCUUGGUCGGCGGCUGCCUCUUCAUCGUGCUGCGAGAUAUUCUUCGCGUCUACACCAAGACGCGCAAAGUGGCGGCGCUGUCGAACCGCCGGGUCAAGAACGUGGAUCGACCCAGACGCCUGAGGAAGUAA